GUUCUGUACAGAGACAGAGCGGAGAGGAAGAGGAGGACACUCAGUUCACCUCUCUGACCACAAACACUUCUGGAAGGUGAUUAAAGACCGACUCUGGGUCAGGAGGAUGGACAGAAUGAAACCUGACUGUUGGGUUUGGACGCCAAGUUCUCCUCUGAGUUUCCUUCAUCAACGUUCAGGGAGGCGUGUUCCAGUCAUGCUGGACCACCAAGAGGUGGAGGAGGACGAGGAGGUUUUGGAGCAUCCUGUUCUCUGCUGCUCUUCAGGUUAUGAUGACAUCAUCAGUCAUCACUCCAACCCCCCCGUCCACUCAGGGACCCCCAGCAGCUCCGGCCACAUGUCCUCGCAAAGUCCUGGUGCUCCUUCCUCACCGCAGCCAAAAACUGUGAUUCAUCCUGAUAGAGGAGACGCACCUCAGCGUUUCAUGGAUGGUCGUCGCUGGGAGCGUCCCGGGAUGGAGACCCAGGGAUGUGUAUGUGUUCACGGACAGAGGGAACCAGAGGUCUUUGGUCCCUGCUGGCCUGGAUCUCCUUAUGUUUACUAUGGAGUGAGGAGGAACCUGGUGGUCGGAGUGGAGGUGGUGGAGGAGGUCGCAGUUGAAGACACUUUGGAAGUCAUAACAGAGGAUGUGUAUGCAGAUGAUUUGAUGGAUCCUGAGCUGCUGCAAGAUGACCUGCUGUACCCCACAUGAGCACGUCCUGUUUGUGCUGUACAAACAAAAAUAUUGUUCACAUAAUUGUUCAAUUUGUUUUUAUUUUACAUGUGAAGAAAUUACAUGCAAAAUGUUAUUGUGUCAAUAUGUCUUUCUUUAUCUAUUUGUUUUGUUUAUGAGAACAGAGUAUUUUAAUGGACAUCAGUAUAAAAAAACUGGAUGAUAACAUGCUUGAGUGUGCAAAAAAAAGCAUAUUUACCUCGUUGUUUGUUAAAACAGGUACUAAAAAUUCAUUGUGCAACAUGCAAUUUCAAUUUAAAGAUAAUGAAAGCUUUGGUUUGCCUAAAAAGACAUAAAAAAACAGCACUUUCAACUUUCAUUAACACGUUUUGCGAUAGAAACAUAAAUAAAAUCCUCAUUUCAAAAUUGUAUAUUAUAUUAUAUUUUUCAUGUAUUUAUUUAACUGUAUUUUAUUGCAUUGCGUUACAUAGAAUUAAAGUUAUGGACUUCAACGACCAGCAUGCAUUGCUUUCUUUUCCCGCCUACGCCCAGGCAUACGUCAUAAACUCGCGCACGCAGAACAUGGCUGACUCCACAGCAGCUAAAUCUGAACACUGAUGAUUUUCGGGUGAAUUUUCCUCUCAAAUGGACUUAAAACUUUAAAAUGUCUGACUCAUUACCAACACAAACCCUCCAGGAGCGACUGGAGCGUCUGCAGGAGCUGACAGAGUUCACGGAAAACUGCAGAAAACAGCUGAACGACGUGUUUGAAACGUUGGGAUGGUCGAUGGAUCACAAAGUUAAAGAAGAAAUGGAGCAGUGUCCUUACGACUCUGACCACAGAGUUCCUGCCAGGAGCAUGGAGAAACACAAAGCCUUCUGCCGCCUUCGAAAGAUGGGCUACACAGCUGAAGAGCAGGCGGACAUGGUCGACCCCUCCGUGUGUUACGAGAACAGCAGUGUGAGAAGCUUUACAAUGGACAAAUCCACCCAGCACCAGGUGAUCCUGCAGGCGAGAUCAUCUGCUCCGCUGAUGAAGAUGGAAGGAGUCUUCUGGCAAGGUCAGUACUCCGGCCAGCCUGUCGACGUGCCUCAGAACCACCAGCGAACGCUGUGUGACCUCACCGUGGCCGACCGAUUGGCUCUGUACGAUCAUGUGGUCGGUGUCUUCAGCCAACAGAAGGACGCCGCCUUGUCCAGCAACGAUGAUCUCUACGUAGAUUUGGUGUCCAAGCUCAAGAAGGGUGAUGAACAGAAUGAACCGAAGACUCACCUUGAGCUCAUGGCAGAGAUGAGGGACUACAAGAGGCGGCGUCAGUCCUACCGAGCCAAAAACGUCCACAUCACUAAGAAGUCCUACACCGAGGUGAUCAGAGAAGUGAUAAACGUCCACUCAGCAGAACUCACCAGACAAUGGAGAGAGGAUGAGCACGAGGAGGAGUCUGCGAGACCUGAGCCCUCCUCCAACAGGCGCCGACUGGAUGAAAAGCGAUCCGGGUCCUCAGAGUCUCGUCACUCUCACAGCAGACGCCAUCGCAGCCGGGAACGAAGCCAAGACAGAGAGAGCAAAAAGAAGAGGAAGAAGAAGGACAGGGAUUCCCGAUCCCCCGGCGACCACCACCAUGACAGGAAGAAGAAGAAAAAGAAGAAGAAAGAGGAGAGGGAGAAAGAGAAGUGAGGGUGCUGCAUCAGCAGAAAUCAGAUAAGGUCACUGUGGCCUUACAGGUCAACAGAUAUCUGGCGUCAUGACUUUUUAUUAUUAUUUAACGACCUGGGGGAUUCUGGGAAAAAAGAACUGUGAAUAAAGUUUUUUUUUUAAUCAACAU